AUGAAAGGGGGCGCAGGGGCGACCCACCCGCCCGACCCAACAAGUCAUGCGGGGCCAGACAAGCCGACACGAGAGGAGCUGAUUGCCCUCAAUGCAAAACUCAAAAAGGAGAUGGAGGCCAUGUCCAAGGAGCAGUCCCGGGAUGAGGCCACAGCUAGGAGAAACCAGAUGAUUAAGCUGGUGGCGCAACGCCCCCGGGUGGGCAACAAGAUAGUCUUGGGCACCGCUGGAGAGCGCCCCGAGGCAGCUCUGCGGGUGCUGCACAACCCCACCACUGGCAAAAACACAACCAACCCUGAGGAGAUUAUAGGCAUAGUGACAGACUUCAUGUCCCAAAAGGUGGCUGCCCCGCGCAACAGCAAAAAUGGGAA